AUGCAGGGACCUUCAAUAAAACGAACACAAAAUAUCGGAUAUACACAGGAAAACAUAGAGAUAGAGGAGGGCGAUGUUGAAGUUGACGAAAACCUUGAAGAAAAUGAAAAUGACCAAGAUGUGGCAAACACAAAUGACGCUAAUCACGAAUGUAAUACUUUGGAAACAAGUUGUAUAAACUUCAUCAUUGUUGGUAAAAAUUCUCCAAUCCUUAAAAAGUCAUUGUGCUGCUGGCUUUCAGAUCAGUUUAACGGAAGAGUAGACACAGACACUGUUUACCCAGAACAUUUAUCGAGACUACGCAGAAGGGUAGUACCAAAAAAAAGAAAAGGUGGCUCAUCGAGAUAUAGAACACAGCCGAUAACUUUUUCUGAAAUUCAAGAAGUAGAUGAAGAUAAUGUGCCAGAAGAAACCGCUUCCUGUAGAGCAACAUCUAUACAGGAGCUGCAACAUUUGAAUGAAAAAUUUGAAAUGUUCCGAAGGGAUAGUGAUUUGGUAUUUUAUAGCAGUAAGGAAGAGCCAAAAGAUUCUGCAAAAUCAUUGGGCAGAAUUUCGCCCCCUGUAUACAAAAAUCAAAAAAUAUAACAAUGUAGUAUUAAUAGUUUUUUUAAUGUUUAGGUUAAGUUUUGUGUGUGUGGGAAAAAAAUAUAUAAAUAUUUAUGUCUCGCACCUUUUUUUUAUUUAUUUAUUUACAGCUAUUUUUAUUUGUACAUAUUAAUUAUUCUAACAAGCAACUGAACUCAAGACAAUAUAAUAAUAAUAAUAAUAAUGGGCACUUAUUAAUUACAAUAAUAUUAUUUAUUUAUAUAAUUACAGCUACUAAGAAAUAUAAAAUAAGUAUAGAAAAUAUAAAACUGUAGUGACGUUUAUUAUGUAAUGAAAGGCAUAUUCCAACAAUGAAAAUAACAGUGAUUUUUUGUCAUAAUAUUAUAAAUAAAAUAAAUGUAUUAUCUGAGGUUUUUAUUUGUCGCAGAUACAAAUAGAAACCUCUAAUUAACUACUAGCUUUCAAAAAGUACAACAGUUUCCUAGAAAUCAAGUAACGGCAUUUUCCAGCCAAUCGGCUUCCUGCUAGUAUCC